AUGAUUGUUAAGACAAAUGGCAAGCUUCUUGCUUAUCCAACAGCUGGUCAAGAAAUUCGAGUGAAAUCUGUGCUACGUUUCGUCUUUUUCACACAAGCAUUGACGAAGCGACACAAGAAGGGGAAAACGAUAGUACUCAAAGGAACAUGCUCAGAAUAUAUUGAAAUGCUGCAGGUAAAGGUAAAUGUCCCAGCACAGCUUGAGGUCAAAGUUGAAGAUUUGAAUGAUCCGCCCAUUUUCCAUAACCUACCAGCAACUUCAAAUGUUGAAGAGUCAACCCCCAUCAACAGUGUCGUGUUUGUGGUCGAUGCCGCUAACCCAGAAGAUGUGUUUUCCCUCUAUAUACUUGAGAUUUUCCAAAUAUUGAACAUUACAACAUACGAGAAUGGCGCUAAGAAAAAGGCAGAUGGAAUGUUUGUGAUUGAUGACGUUGGUCGAGUUCGAGUGACAGGCACACUUGAUUUUGAAGGUGGUCCAAGACAGUACAUACUGGCUAUCAGAGUGAUGGAUGCUGGAGUUCCUUCUCUGAAUGUUGAGUCAACCUUGACCUUGAUCAUAACAGACAGUGAUGACCAGGGUCCUAAGUUUAGUGAGAAGUCUUAUUUUGCUUCAGUCAUUGGAGAGAAGCCUGUUAUACACCAAGAAUGUCACGUUACAAAUCCACCAGUACUGGCAGAAGAUCAAGACCCAGUGAGAAAAUCUCCAAUAAGAUACACUAUCACAGAUGGAUUUCCAAAAGAACCCUGGCACUUUGGAACAUUUUUCAACAUAAAUGCGGACACAGGAAAGCUUUGCCAAAGAGAGACAAUUCCAAGAAUGAAAGCAAAACCUGGAGAAGUGCACGGUGGAUUUAUUAACUAUACUCUUAUGAUUCAGGCUUACCAGACAGAAGACAGAACAAAGGCAGACAUUGCCACACUAUUUGUCCAUGUGGUUGACCAGAACAUACACCACCCAACAUUUGUAACUCCAAACAUCCGCGCUAGUAUGGAAGAAUUUCCCUCACUGAAGGCUGGAUACAUUGUAGCAACAGUCAAAGCUCAUGAUAAUGAUUAUGGCAAGAACAGUCUGUUUGUGUAUGAGCUGUCUGAGAAUCCAUUAGGUGCAUUUACCAUUAACAGUCAUACUGGAGAAAUCAAGGUUGUGAGACCACAAGUCAUUGACCGGGAGAAAAACCAGACAUUGUUUAUCAAGGUUCAAGCUGUAGAGACUUCAACUACUGAGUUGUUGAUGAGUGAUCCAGAUUCCACUGUGCAGGUCACAAUUACCGAUGUUAAUGACAAUCCACCACGCUUUCAGACACCGCUGUAUUUUUAUGAAAUCAAAGGCAGUCUCACAAUUGGGUCAAAUAUCAGUAAGUAUGAAGACCGGCUGAUUGCAGAAGAUCCAGAUCUUGGAGAAAAUGGCACUGUCCAUUACCGUAUUGUCAACUUACGUACCAGCAGUGGUACAUCAACUAGUCGUGACUUUCAGCGAUUCCGAAUUGGUGAAAAGAACGGCUGGUUUUUCAUAUCUGGCAGUCUGUCUGAUCUCCGUAGAAAAGGACCGUUUGUAACAUUCAGCUUGCUGGUCAAGGCAGAUGACCAGGCUAAAGACGUCAAGAACAAAAAAUCUGCUCUGGCUCAAGUCAUCAUUAAUGUUACGGCAGCUAAUGAAUACCCGCCUGUGUUUGACAACACCCACAGAACCGUGUCCAUCAGUGAGGCGGCAUCAGUGGGAACCUUGAUGACAAAGAUCAAAGUCUAUGACAAAGAUGGGGAUGUAGAUCUGUUUGUGAAGUUUAACAUAUUUUCAGGAAAUGAAGAACGUGCUUUUAGAAUAUCUCAUAAAGGUUAUCUCUAUACAAAUAAGCUACUUGACAGAGAAACUAAAGAAGAAUAUUUUCUCACAGUUAUUGCAUCUGAUUCCAUUCAUACUGCUUGGAUGAAUGUAACCGUUAUCGUCGAUGACGUCAACGACCAUGCUCCCAUGUUCCAGCAGUCUGUUUAUGAUUUCUACAUGCCUGAAGAUGAAAAUUCUGGCGCUACUAUUGGCAAUGUGAUGGCAGAGGACAAGGAUUCGGGAAAAAAUGGAAAAGUGGAUUAUUAUCUGGAAGGAUUAGAUGCCGAUCUGUUUGCCAUGAGAGGGGAUGGCGAGUUGUAUUUAAAGCAGGAAGACCCAAGAGUGGAUGCUGAAAGGAACGAUAAGUUUCAGUUACAAGUGAAGGCAGUUGAUAAUGGAGAGAAACCUCAGCAGAACUAUGCUAUAGUACGUGUUCAUCUUGUUGACGUGAAUGAUAACAAUCCAGAGUUGACAAGACCUCACUAUGCAGCCGUAAUCACUGAAGAAAUACCAGGAGAAAACUUUCUCAAUAAACACAUAGAUAUGGAAAAUGCUAUAAUGGUGGAAGACUUGGACAGAAAUGAAGAGAAUCGUAAUCAUAGGUUCAGUCUGUCAGGACUUGGCAGUGAGAGUUUUCUCAUUAACGAAACAACUGGACACCUGUAUAUUAGAGAGACUCGGCUCAUAGACUGUGAGAAACAGUGUGAAUAUAACCUCACGAUUGUUGCUAAAGAUCAAGGUGGGAAAGGCUUGCAAGGAUCUGCUGUCUUGCACAUACAGGUUAAUGAUAUAAAUGAUAAUGCGCCACAAUUUGAAGAGAAAGAGUAUGAGUUCAAGGUAUCGCUGCAGGAAGAAGUUGGGCGAGUGAUUGGAACCGUGAAAGCAGUGGAUGGAGACGUGAGCCCGCUGAAUCAAAGAGUCAUGUAUGUGCUCAAGGAUGGGGGCUAUGGGAAGUUCAGAAUUGAGUUUGAUUCAGGUAAUAUUGUUUUAACUGACAAACUGGCGAGACCACCACAAGAAGCCGAGUACAUACUGACUAUAGAAGCCAUGGACAGUGGAGAGCCUAGGCAGAUAUCUAGGGUCAAGGCCAAGGUCUUGGUUCCUUUUAAUGUAGCCCCAAAGGUGGAUGAACAAUUGAUUUUCAGAGUUGAGGAGAAUAUACCACUGGGUAGCGUUGCUGGUGUUGUGCAUGCAGUCGACCCAAAUCCAGGAGAAAGGGCAUUUUUUGAAAUGGUUAACAAAACAGUGCCAUUUGUAAUAGACCGAGAUACUGGAAGCAUUACUGUGAAUGGUGACCUUGAUCGAGAAUCUAUAGAGAAGAUUUCUUUCUUGUUGAAAGUUUUUGAUAAUGCAGUGCCAUCCAACACAGCAAUCAUUACAGUGACCAUGGUGAUAGAUGAUGUAAAUGAUAACCCGCCUAAGUUAUCAUUCAAGGAGUAUUUUGGAGAAGUGACUGAAGAUGACACAAACCCGAUUCCUGGACAAAUUGUUAAAAUGGUUGAAGCCCUGUCUGUCACAGAUGCAGACAUCACUGAUGAAAACCAAGAAGUAAGGUACUCGCUGACUGGCAAACAAAGUGAAUUAUUUGUUAUUGAUGAAAGCCAAGGCACCAUUAAGGUCAAGGAUGCUGGAACAAUAGACAGUGAGACUGAUGACUUUUUUCAUUUGAAGGUUCGUGUAACAAAUUUACAUGGAACUGAACUGUCUGAUGAAGCUGAUCUAAAAAUAACUGUAAAGGACGUGAAUGAUAACGCUCCAAUUUUUCCUGGUCACUUACCAAUUCACCUCGAUCCAUUCACAAAACCUGGUUCCAUUGUUACCACCAUCAAGGCGAUGGAUAAAGAUGUGAGCCCACCAAACAAUGUGGUUCUACAUAUUCUGAAUAAUGGAGGUCUUGGAAAGUUCAUGAUUGAACCAUAUUCUGGUGUGCUAACUCUAACUGGCUCACUUCAGUCUGAUCCAAAACAAAGUGACUACAAUUUAGAACUGGGAGCUGUUGAUUUUGGUAACCCGCAAAUGUCUUCGAACAUAACUGUGGUUAUCCGAGUUCCGGUGAACUACCCACCUAAACUUGAUGACAAAUAUAUAUUUCAAGUCCUCGAGAAUGUUUCUGUGUCCCAUUUCAUUGGACAGAUUACUGCAGUUGAUCCUAAUUUGGAGCGGGGUGAAGAUGACAAAAUGAAAUUUUACAUUCGUGAAUCGACAACAGCAGGGGACGAGCUACCAUUUGUAAUAGAACGUGAAUCGGGAAUUAUCCGGACGACGUCUUCACUGGACCGAGAAAGGAAGGAGCAGUACAUGUUCACUGUGUUUGUGACUGACAGUGGGAAACCUGUGUAUACGUCAUCAGCCAGUGUGGUUGUGUAUGUGGAGGAUCUCAAUGACACUCCACCUCAGUUCUCAUCCUCCAUCUACACAGCACGAGUGAUGGAGGACGACGGAAAUCCUGGAAAUGUUCAAACACUGACAUUUGAUCCGUCAAUAUAUGUGACAGAUGCUGACUCAGCAUCCACUCCAUUGGUGUACACUGUACAAGGUGAAGGCAGUGAUCUGUUUGAGUGUGACCCGGGGACUGGAUCCAUACAGCAGAAGAUGGCUGGCUGUCUGGACAGUGAGACCAAGUCGCACUACAACUUGACGAUGGUGGCAUCAGAUGGUCUGAUGUCAGGAAUGACGACUCUCUCCAUAUAUGUUGAAGACGUAAAUGACAACUCUCCUUACUUCUUGUACCAGAUAGACCUUAACCUUGACCCUCAAACAUCAGUUGAUAGCAUAAUCGGUCAGGUUAUUGCUAUAGAUGAAGAUGUGACUGAAGCGAACAGUGACGUCAACUACUAUAUUGCUGGAGGAGGCUUGGAUAAAUUUAGUAUAGACCAGAAGACAGGGAAUAUAACACUGACAUCGCCACUAGACAAAGAGCCAUUGUAUGAACAGUACACAAUUAAGAUAGUUGCAACAGACAGAGGCACUCCUCCAAUGUCAAACGAAACUACUGUCACUGUAACAGUCGAUUUGAACUAUCCUCCAGUCCUGAAAGAUGUGUACAAGUUUGAAGUGGAAGAAAAUAAUAAUCCAGGACAGUUUGUUAGUGAAAUAGUAGCAACUGAUAGAAAUGUAGAGAGGGGCGACGAUGAUAAAUUGCAUUACUUCAUCAAUGAAAGAGAUACACAAGGUAAAGAUUUCCCUUUUAAGCUUGGUCGUGAGUCAGGACAAUUAACAGCUGAAUCGUCCCUGGACAGAGAAAUUGCUGCCCACUAUACCUUUAUGGUGUUUGUGACGGAUAGUGGGAAACCUGUGCACACGUCAUCAGCCAGUGUCAUCAUUGAUGUAAAAGACCAAGUAGACUCACCCCCAAAAUUCAGUUCUAACCUGUACACUGCACAUGUGUAUGAAGAUGAUGAUGACCCUGGCAGUGUACAGACUCUGUCACUGAUGCCUGCAAUGUAUGUCACAGAUGAUGAUGAAGGGAUUCCCACACUGACUUACAGCCUUCAUGGUUUUGGGUCAGACCUGUUCAACAUUGCAGCCGGCUCUGGUCUUAUUGAACAAACAAAGCCAGGCAGUUUAGACAGCGAAAUAAAUGCAGAAUACAAUCUUACACUGUCUGUGUCUGAUGGAUUUCUUACCAGUAAUGCCACUCUCCGAGUAUUCAUUGAUGAUAUAAAUGACCAUGCUCCCGAGUUUCCAACUGUCACAGCAGAUUAUGUAAAAGUUAACUCAAAUAUUAAAAUUGGCUCUGCAAUUAUACAAGUGCAAGCUUCUGAUGGUGACGUGACUGAAAGGAAUAACAAAAUCAAGUAUUAUCUACUCCAUGGAGGGAUGGACAAAUUCAUGCUGGAUGAAAAUUCAGGGAUCACAUACUGGAUCUCCGUGUUCCGCCAUACACAGGUGCUUUAG